ACUCUCGUCUGGGCCAGGCCAGCGUGUUCUUCUCUCUCUUCUUGUUCUUCUCGUUCUUCUCAUUCUCUCCUCCGUUAAUAUAUUAUUAUCUCCCUCCUGCAUAUUUAAAGCGUCGUGGUUAACUAAAUACCUUGCUUACUCAGUUCUUCUUCUUCUUUACCACUUUUCUCCAUCACCUACGACGAGCUCGUAUAUUCUGUUCAUACUAAUGAGAGACUAAAAAAGUAUAUGUGUUAAGACUUAACUAUAUAACUUAACUAACUCUGGUUCAAUUAAGUAAGCCUUCUCGGCCCCGUUUUAAUAUGAGAUCCAUUGUUUAACACGGUUCGGCCUCACCUCUUCUUUCUUCCGCCUCGUCGUCCUUAGCUCCUGCUCUGCGGUACAGUUAAACUUUGCCAUUUCGCCGGAGAUAAGUUCAUCUUCGAGAAGAAAAUUUGUAAUUUUUCAUAAUCUUGAUCUUUUUCUUCCAUUAUUUUCGGAGUGGAGUGGGAUUUUCCAUUUGUGACAAGUUUACGUACGCUACUUUUGGUCCUUUGUUAAAUAAGUCAUGUAGUUAUAUUUAAGUCUCGACGAGAUAUAAUUAAACUAAUUUUGUGGGAUGACAAUUUUUGACGAAAUUUUCAAUCAGUGUGAAUUUUAAGUACAGUGUGUGAAAAAUAUUAAGUGUGUGUGCGGAUCGAUUUUCCAUCAUCCUGAUCGGAUCAGAUCGGUAUUUGUGCUUGAAUUAGACUGACGCCCAGUGUGUUGACCUCAGGAUGAAAGUGACCGACGGGUCGGACUCGUCUUCUUCCCCGGCAGUAACUUGCCCCGAGAGCAAUAAGAGAACCGGUGGUGGUGGUAAGGGAGAUGGCACGAAGGCGGAUAAGAAGUUACCCGGAAAUGGAGUAGCAGUAGCGGCAGAUGACCUGACUUCUUCCGGCUUAUCGGACGAGUCUGAAGUGGAAAGCAGCAAUAAUCAUCAGAACGGGACGACUCAUACGAACGGAAAUGGUGGCGGUGGUGGUGGUGGAGAGUCUCCCGGGUCCUCCGAUGUCGACGUGGCCCUGCCAAACGGUGGAGGAGGGGGCAAAGUCAAGACUAAAAAACAGCAAGAUAAACACACCUCGAAUGGGAAGGCGAAAAAUUCGAGAAAUUCGGAAGACAUGAAUGGUAGCAAUAAUAAAAAGUCAAAUAGUAACUGUACCCCUCCUCCCGUGGCGACGACGACGACGACGACGACGACCACGAGUUCCGACGAGGGGGAGGAAACCCCGAAAGAUGACGAUCCUAGUGGCGAUUCGCCGAAAGGAGAUAAUCCCGAGGAUGUUUUUUAUGUUCAUGAUACCGGACUUACAAUCAAGAUCGUGGCGCCGGGCGCGGAACCGUUUGAGAUUCAGGUCGCUGUUUCUAGCAGCGAAAUUGUCCAAGAGUUGCACCAACUGCUCAUGGAACGGGAGGACACUUGUCACCGGACGUGCUUCUCGCUCCAAUUGGAUGGCAUCACGCUGGACAAUUUCGCCGAGUUGAAGAGCAUCCCGGGUUUGAAGGAUGGUUCCGUGAUUCGGGUCGUUGAGGAGCCGUACACGUGUCGCGAGGCGCGUAUCCACGUGAAACAUGUGCGCGACCUGUUAAAGCCGUCGGACUGGGCGGACGCGUACGCGGGGGCGGACUGCGCGUCACUCUCCUUCCUCAACGCCGUGAGUGGGGGCGACCUCUCGGGCAAGAAACGCGUCGUGGACUGCACUCCGCCCGACUACAUUAUGCCCGGCACGGCAAACUCCCUCCUUCUCAACCCUAUCCAUCCUCUCAAUAAGGAGCACAAGCCCAUCUCUUGCCUCAAAGUCAUGGCUGCCUCCGGCUGGAACCCACCCCCCGGCUACCGCAAACUCCACGGGGACUUGAUGUACCUCCUCGUGGUGACUUUGGAAGACAAAACGUGUCACAUUACCACGUCCCCACGCGGCUUUUACCUCAACCGUUCAACCACCGACGAAUUUGACCCGGCCCCCUCCUCCCCACACAAUUUCCUCUCUCACUCUCUCAUCGAACUCCUGAACCAAAUCAGCCCCGCGUUUCGCAAGUCGUUCACCGCUCUGCAGAAGCGGCGCAUGUCGCGACAUCCUUUCGAACGGGUGGCGACCCCGUACCAAGUCUACUCCUGGGUCUCACCCCCCAUCCCGCACAAUCUGGACGCCAUCCGGGCGGAGGAAGCCUUCUCGUCCAAACUCGGCUAUGAAGAACACAUUCCUGGCCAGACGCGCGACUGGAAUGAGGAGCUCCAAUCCACCCGCGAACUGCCGCGAUCCACCCUUCCGGAGCGCCUCCUCAGGGAGCGCGCCAUCUUCAAAGUACAUUCAGACUUCGUAUCCGCCGCUACUCGGGGGGCCGUGGCCGUCAUCGAUGGCAACAUUAUGGCCAUCAAUCCCGGCGAGUCGCAUAAAAUGCAAAUGUUCAUCUGGUCCAAUAUAUUUUUCUCGUUGGGGUUCGAUGUCCGCGACCAUUACAAAGAGCUCGGAGGCGAUGCAGCGGCCCACGUCGCGCCCAGGAAUGAUUUGCAAGGUGUCGCGGCGUACAAUGCGAUCGACUUGGAUGGUUUGUACACCCUGGGAACGGUGGUGAUUGACUAUCGCGGCUACCGGGUGACGGCGCAGAGCAUCAUUCCCGGGAUACUGGAGAGGGAACAGGACCAGUCCGUGGUUUAUGGGUCGAUCGACUUUGGCAAGACGGUCGUCACGAAUGAAAAGUAUUUGGACUUGUUGAAAAAGGCGGCGCCGAGACUCAAAGUGUUGCCGCAUUACGUGCUGAACGAGAAGGAGGAGGUGGUCGAGUUGUGCUCCAGCGUGGAGUGCAAGGGCAUCAUUGGGAAUGAUGGGAGACAUUAUAUUCUCGACUUGUUGAGGACUUUCCCACCGGAUGCCAACUAUUUGCCGGGUGAGAACGUUGAGCUGAGCGAGGAGAUAAGAGCGAUGGGUUAUCCGAUGGAACAUCCUCACAAGUUGUGCUGCCUUCGUCAAGAGUUGGUUGACGCCUUUGCCGAGUCGAGAUACAUGAGCUUCAUCAAACUAGCGGCAUAUCACCUGCAGACGAUGGGUCUCAGCAAAAAGUUGAACAUUGAGCCAGCCCCCACAACAGCGGAAGGAGAAGACGCGAGUAUUAAGGGCGAAGACGGUGCUGGUGUCCCAAAUCAAAACGGAAUCGGACUCGGAGGAGACGAAGAGUCGGCCAAAAAGGAGGAAAACAAUGUCAAACGAGUCGUCGAAAGUUUCGUGACUGAUAAGGCUGAAGAAUCGAGCACUGUGAAAGCCAUCAGACAAGCCGCCGCGUCCGUGUGUUCGCUAUCCGAGACGGAGUUUGACAUCCGUUUCAAUCCUGACAUCUUCUCACCCAGCGUUCGUCACGCGGAGCCCUGCGCGGAAAAAUUGGCCCAAGUCGCGCAAAGAGAUGCGGACCGCGAAGCAGCCGAGCGGGCCAAAGAAGCAGCCGCGGAGGGGUCCACGCCACCAGAAGCAACAGAGUCAAAUGCCUCGACGACGACAAAAGAGGUCGCGAAACCCAAAAAAUACCCAAGCAUGGACCUCCAAACGAAAAUCAAUAAAGAAGCCUGCGAAUUUUUACUAAUGUACCAAAUUCCCCAGUUCGUGAGAGACAUUACAUCGAAUAGUGCUUGCGCCCUGGACAGCGGCUCGACCUUUUUCGGCCCGAACGCCCUCAUCAUGGAUGGCGCCACGCUCUCGGCCGCCAUGCACGCGCGCGGCAUCAACAUCCGCUACCUCGGCCGCGUCGUGCAACUCCUCCUCGAGCGGGAAAAGGCCGUGAGAGAAGGCGCGAGCACGGUCGUUUCCUCCGUCGCCACGACGACCACGCCCAACGGCGCCGCCCCUACGACGAACGGACAAUCUCAGCCGCCCACGCAGAACGGCACCAGCUCAACGACGACGAACGGACACUUGGCCAACUUGCCGCACUACAUGACCACGAUCGCUCUGAUGGAACUUAUCGCCAGGGCGGCCAAGCAUAUUUUCAACCCUUACGUACAGAGUGUCGACGUGAUGAACCAGAGUCUAGCCAUCAGUCAUUUUCUUAACUGUCUCCUCAUGUCGGGACAGUCUGCAGUGCCUCCAAAUCUUAAUGAUGAGCUCACACCGUUGCGCGGCUCUCGCGGCGGGACACACCGGAACAAGUCCAAGCAGAACAAGGCGAGGAACAGUUCCUCGUCAGGGAAUGGGAACGGGAUCGAGUGGACCGCUCUGACCCAGUCGUCCCUUUGGGAACAGAUUCUGGGUGACAUUUCGACCUACUUUGGUCUCACCUUCCCGCCCGGAGAGACCUUCAAGGACUCGCUGGACGGGACGCUGAGUUUCUACGGCAUCCAGAAAAUCUCCCUCCUCCGCUCAUUCACGCUCAAGACGGGGGUUCAAAUCCUUCUCCGCGAGUACCAAUUCCAUCGCAAUGGGGCCACGUCGGGAAAGUCGUCAGGAAACACAUUCACCCAGGAAGACGUCCUCAACGUGUUUCCCGUAGUGAAACAUAUCGAUCCCAAGGCCUCUGACGCGUACACUUUCCUUGGAACGGCUCAAUCCAAAAUGUCUUCCGGCUUUUUCCGCGAAGGGUACGAGCUCCUCUCGGAGUCACUCAAUCUGCUGAACAACGUUUAUGGCGCGAUGCACCCCGACAUCGCGCUCUGUCUGCGCUCCCUCGCCCGUCUCAACUACGUCAUGGGCGAGCACGGGGAUGCCAUGGCGUACCAACAGAAGGCCCUCUUCAUGGCGGAGAGGAUCCUCGGCGUGGACCAUCCCACAACCAUUCUCGAGUACACGCACCUCGCCCUCUACUGCUUUGCCAAUAAUCAGGUCACCACGGCCCUCAAACUUUUGUAUCGGGCUCGCUACCUAGCUUUGCUCGUCUGCGGAGAAAACCACCCCCACGUGGCCCUUCUGGACAGCAAUAUUGGGCUGAUCCUCCACGCCGUAGCAGAAUACGAACUCUCCCUCAAAUUUCUCGAAAAAGCGUUGGACCUGAGUAAGAAAUAUUUUGGGGCGAGGUCUCUCAAAACGGCGGUGGGACACCAUCUCGUCGCCAGAACGCAGAGUUGCAUCGGCGACUUCCGCUCCGCCCUGAUGAACGAGCGAGAGACAUUUUCCAUUUACCGGGAACAACUGGGCGAAAAGCAUGAAAAGACUUUGGAGGCUUCCGAUUGUUUGCAGCAUCUGACACAACAGGCCGUCGUGUUGCAGAGAAAAAUUAACGACUUGGCUCACGGGAAAGGUCUGCCUCCCAUUCAGAUCCAGCCCCCCUCCAUGGGCUCCGUGCUAGACAUGUUGAACCUGAUUAAUGGGAUUUUGUUCAUGCAAAUUAGUCAACAAGACAUCGAAACAUUUAAGGCUGAACUGGAACAACGCGCAAAGGAGUUGUCGCCCACGAGUAGCUUACCCCAAGCCGCCAUCCAACCCGCCGCCGCCGCAACCGUCAUGGAGGAGCCCUUAGACUAAAUAAUUACCUAAAAAUCAGACAACCCUAUUAAAUCAGCGUAUGGUGUCCUUCGCAAGCUAAUUAAGUACAUAAAUUCUUCUACCGACACAUAUAUUCAAAGAAGCCGACAACCCAUAGCCACACACUUCCUCUUGUUAGUUACUACUCAUCUUAUAUCUUUUGUAAGUCAUUGUCGUCGUCGUCGUCGUCGUCGUCGUUUCGUUAGAAGAAGAAGAGGAACAAGUACAAAAAGUAACUGUUGCUUCCUUCCUGUUAAAUCCUGCUGAAAGAAGAAAAAAUAGAAAUAAUUGUCGCGGUGGUGGUGGUGGUGGUGUGACGAUGACGAUAAUGAUGAUGGCGAAGAUGAUGGUGAAACGUCGUGGUGUGCGAGAUGAUGGCCCGUAGUAAAAUAAAGUAGUAGUUGUGAUGAUUUUCUGAAGUGUACUUUAGCUAAGACAACAAAUGUUGUGAUAGUAAAAAUGUGUAGUGGUGCAAUUGAGAGUAAAUCGAUUAUUAUUAUUGUUAUUAAUGAUUAUUGAAUAGUUUGAUACUUAGAUUUAUAUUGCUACGUAAAUGCUAGUUACAUAGUCGUAUACGUAAAAAAAUUGUGACCAGUGAUGGAUGAUAUAUAGGAAAAUUGUUGAUUUGUUCUUCGCGUGCCAUCAUUAUUAUUGAUAAUAUUAUGCUGAUUAUGCACCUGCAUAAUUUGUAAGACGUCAAUAAAAUCAAAAUAGCUAACGUAA